AUGGACAACUCUGCUCAAAAAGACCAACACUCUGGCAAAAAAUAUUCCAGAAAUGCCAACAAACUACAGAAAGGUUUUACUGCUGCGUACCCAACACAAUCCUCCAUUCCUUUUAAAUAUCAGGCUAAGAUAAUUCCAGAACCAGAAAAAAAAGGAUUUAAUAGUCAAGUCAAGAGAUUUUAUCAUAAAAAGGAUGAUAUCCCGGGUCCUGGGUUCUACAACGUUGUUCACCAGUCUCCAGUGUCCAACAGUGUCUCGUUGUCUAAGAAAGGGACAUGCACUUUUCCCUCUAUGUGUCCCCGAUUGGACACCAUCAUUUCCAAAUAUCCUGCAGCUAAUGCAUACACCAUCCCAUCACAUUUUGUUUCGAAGAAAGACUUCAGUAAUUCCUGUUCCAGCAUGUUCCAGCUGCCAAGCUUCGAGAAAGUUCUCAAAUUUGAAACUCCUGCACCAAACCAUUACAAUGCCUCCGUCUCUUGCUGCAAGCAGAAAAAUAACGUCUGUGCCCGAGCUGGCUUUGUGUCCAAGACUCAGAGAGGAUUUUUCACCAUUACGGAAUCAGGACCUGCCCCGGGGCAUUAUAAUGUCAACGAAUCCCUUGUGAAGCAGUCGCCAAAGAUAUUAAUGUCUUGUUUUAAAUCGAAAACUGGCCGUGGAUUGAAACUGACGUCAACAGGCCCGGGACCCGGUUAUUACAACCCGAAUGACCACACCAAAUUUCCGAAAAAGACUCUUUUCCCGAAAAAUCCCAUCCUGAGCUUCUCCGCCAAGCCUUUGCCUCUGCCCCCGAAGCCGCCUCUACCGGGCCCUGGUCAGUACGAGAUCGUGGACUACGUGGGGCCUCCCAAGCUUUUCCUCUCUAGUGCCCCGUUCAUGUCCAACACCAGCCGGUGGACAGCGGCGCCAGCCCAGCCAGGCCUGCCUGGCCCAGCCACGUACAAGCCGGAAUUCCCAGGAAAGCAGUCCUUUCUCUACAACGAGGACGACAAGUGGAUCCCAGUGCCGUAGUGACCUCACACAAGCUCCGGGAACCCUGGUCACCAGCUGCCAGGCCAGGUUUCCCGGGACGUUCAUUCAGAGAAUGCCUAUUUCGUGUGCCACAGCUGAUGGCGUGCGGGCAGCUCUGCCAGCCGGCCUGCUGUGACGGCUGGGCUGCUGUGUUGUCCUUGUCUUGAGCUGCCUCCUGGAGAUUGGACCCCACUCCCGCAGACUCCAGGGCUUUCCUGAGCAGGAAUAAGGAGUGGACAGAGCCUCCCUUGGUUACUUCAUCUUGCACCCAUCCAGGCUGGCUUCUGGCCCCUCCCCUCAGGCUUAGGGGCUCCUGAAGCUCAGACUCCAGGGAGAAGGCAGACAAUGGCAGAUGCCCCAUCUAGAAGCCUGAUGCUGAGCCGGGGCUCUGGGGCGCAGAGAGCACCCGCAGGGUGGACAGCACAGGGCUGCGGCCAGGCCCGCUCCUGUCCUCUG